AGUUGCAGAUACUUUUUAUUUAUAGCGUAUACUGUUAUUCGUCUGAAAAUGCUGAUUGAAUAUCUGAUUCAUAUCACAGUAAUGGUAAUAACAUCGGAGCGACUUCUCAUUCUAAUGGGUUUAUGUGAUGAUAGCUUUCAUUUUCCGGUCAUGAUUCGCGUGGUUUUCAACGCGGCUGUCGCCAUCGUAAUCGCGUUGGUGAUGAGUAAACUGUACAAAGUUCUUUUCGCUCCGUUGGAUCUACGUAGGAAGUUAGAAGACGUGGGUUACGUUCACCACGACCACAGCGUCUCCAGAGAGGAGAACAUACGGGACACGCAACGUCGAAAAAAACUAGGCAACACUCCGCCAGUGUUUCCGAACGGAUGGUUCAAAGUAGCCGACUCAACCUGGAUCAAAAAAGGCCAAGUAAAAAGCAUAUAUUUUUUCGGCGAGCAAUUGGCCCUGUUCAGAAACAAACGUGGCUUGCUAAGAGCACUGGAUGCAUACUGUCCACAUUUGUUAGCAAACAUGGCGGCCGGGGGAAAAGUCGUGAACUCUGAUUGUUUAGAAUGUCCAUUCCACGGUUGGAAGUUUAGUGGGGAAACUGGGAAACUAGUGGAUGUUCCGUACGCACAGAAAGUACCCACAUUCGUGUCCGUUAAGAAAUGGUCAUGUUGUGAGGUCGAUGGUAUGGCUUAUCUAUGGUACCACUGUGAUGGCGGCGAACCUAAGUGGGUAUUACCCUCUUCCGUUACCAUUAACACCUUGAAAUACGCUGGCAAGACGGAACACAUCAUUAACUCCCAUAUACAAGACAUUCCGGAAAAUGCCGCCGACAUAAGUCACCUUGAUCAUUUGCACAAACCAGUUAUCGGAAGUGACGUAGAGAAAACAAAUGAAUCUUUGCUGAACAAUCUUAUAUUUCAUUCCAUCCAGGCCUCGUGGAAGCCACCCACCGACCCAAACGAACCGCACCGAUCAACUAUGAGCAUAAAGGACAACAUUCACUUGAGCAUUUUCAACAUCAAAAUCCCCCUUUUGUAUCUCGAGUUUGAAAUAGAUCAGAUUGGGCCGGGAGCGGUUCAUAUCCACGUUCGCACCCCAUUCUUUCGAGGACUCAUGUUACAAAACGUCACACCAAUUGAGCCAUUCGUGCAAAAACUUACACACUCGUUCUAUGUAUCGCCAUGGGUCCCUGUGUGUAUUGCGAAGGCGUUUUACUUGCUGGAAACCACGCAGAUCGAGCGCGAUAUACUGAUGUGGAACAACAAGACGUAUUUUCGACAACCGGUUCUGGUAAAGGAGGAAUCUGCACUCGCUAAACAUCGGAGAUGGUACCAGCAGUUCUACUCAGAAAACAGCCCAAGAAUGAACCACCGCGGCGACCUGGUUUAUCCCGGAAAACCAAAACUUGCAGACUGGUAAAGAUACCAGAACCGAAAGUCGAAUGCAAAGAUAACCACAGUGAAGCGUUAUGAGCUUGAAUCAUUACGUAACACCGUUUUUGAAUUUUGGUGUUGAAUAUUUCUGUAUGCUUUAUUAAGUCGUGUGUUUUGUGUAUGCUGUACAUUAUAACACUGUUUGUUUAAUAUGUUAAUUCAUAUAUUCCAUAAACAAUAUCACGAAGCAGGUCGGUUCGAUUUUAGAUGGUAAAACUGAGAGUAACCUGCCAUAAGAAAAAACAAAAUUAUUUUAUAAACCCGAUGUAUGUUUUGCCUAAUUUUUUUUUGUUUAAUUAUUUUUGCUUGUAUUUAUUUUUGUUGCUUUAUUUUAUAUAAAGUCGCCUUUUCCGCACAUUAUGUCGUUCGUUUGUAUAAAAUGCAACAGGUAAA